AUGCUUGAAUGGUACAGAAAGAAGGAUCCUAAGGCUACACUUGUGACCGGUGAAAAUGCUUCAAGGAAUAAUCAAAUGAGUAGUCCAAUGGUUCAGAAAGAUUUGGCUAGGGCUUGUGCAGAGGAGACAAUUGAGUUAAUUAAAAGUGAAAUAGGAGAUCGUUGGUUUGCGGUGCUUGUCGAUGAGGCUCAUGAUGCAUCUAUUAAGGAACAAAUGGUUGUGGUUGUGAGGUUUGUCAAUGAUAAAGGAAGUGUGAUCGAGAGGUUUCUUAGCAUUGAACAUGUUUCUGACACCACAUCAACUUCACUAAAAGAAGCAUUGGAUACUAUGCUUAGAAGAUAUGGUCUAUCUAUUUCCAAGAUUAGAGGGCAAGGAUAUGAUGGAGCUUCAAAUAUGAGAGGACAAUUUCAUGGGUUACAAAGACUGCUUGUGGUAGUUUCUGUAGCCAAGUGUUGUGGCUCAACUUUUGAUUUCUUCAAUUAUGUCACUUCAAUUGUCAAUGUUGUUAGUGCUUCUUGCAAGAGGAAAGAUCAACUCCUUCAAAGUCAUCAUGAUAAGCUUGUUGAGCAGUUAGAUAGUAGUGCUAUUUUUUCUGGGAGAAGGAAAAACCAAGAAACUAGUCUUGCUAGACCUGGUGAUACACGGUGGGUACAGAAGUUGGUUGAGCUUGCUAAGAUUUAUAAAGAUGACUUCUGUGAUUAUGACUGCAUAAAGCUUGUGGGUGACCUUCGUAUAUUCAUUGAUGAAGUCAGAAAUGAUGAUAAUUUUGACACUUGUACUGAUCUUGGUAACCUUGCUGAGAAGAUGGUUCAAACUGGAAGAGAUACAACUUUUCCUUUGGUAUAUCAUCUCAUUGAACUUGCAUUGAUUUUGCCGGUGGCAAUAGCAACAGUUGAAUGA